AUGGUGCAGGAUGCUGCCAGACAGGCCGCACAGGAGGCAGUUCAGCAAGCUGUCCAGGAGGCUACUAGAGUAGCUGCACAGGAAGUGGUUAGGCAGAUGGCUGCAGCUCAGCAGGGUCAGCAGGUUCCGCCAGUUCAGGCUCAGGGGCAUCAGCAGCCCUCUAUUCAUCCGGUUCCACCAGUUCAGGUUCAGGGACAGCAGCAACCCCCUAUCCAGCAUGUUCCAGGAAUUUUCCAGGUUCCACCACCAGCGCCACGCGUUCUUCCAGGGCAAGUUCCUGAGGUUGUGCCACCCGUUCUUCCAGGGCAGGUUCCUGAGGUUGAUGAGACGCUUAUGCGGGUAAUGAGACAGAUGAAAACUAUGGGUUUGGAGACUUUUGAGGGAACAGUAGACCCUGGAGCGGCCUAUAAGUGGAAGCAUAGGUUGGCUUCGUGUCUGCAGACAAUCAAUUGUCCAUUGCGCCUUUGUCUUAAUAUCGCAGAGUUGUAUCUGCGUGGAGAUGCAUUGGUAUGGUGGGAUGGAGUGCGAUCGAUGCGUGAUGGCGACAUGACUUAUGAGGAUUUCCUCAUUGCAUUCGACAAGAAGUACUUUCCCAGGGAAGCGUUGCACCAGAAGAGGAAUGCUUUUGAGCAUCUGAGGCAGGGUACUAGGAGUGUCAGGGAGUACGAGCGAGAGUUUUGCCAGCUCCGCUUGUUUGCUGGUAAUCAUUUUGAUGGAGAGGACUUGAUCAGGAGGUUCUUAGAUGGUAUGCGAGUCGAUCUCCGCGGCAGGUGCAGUAUGGUUACUUACACUAGUUUGGAGGAUCUGGUAGAGAAGGCUGUUGUGCAGGAGGCAUGUAUUGCAGAGGAGCAAAAGUACUCUAAGUCUCCACCUAAGACUGGAAGGACUUCAGAGCCACAAAAGAGAACAUGGGAACAGUUGGGAGCACGUAGUUGCGACAAGUGUCGUCGCCAUCAUUUUGGAGAGUGCAUCACGUGCUUCAACUGUGGGAAGAUGGGACAUAAAAGUAGGGAUUGUCGGAGUAGGCCAUUUGGUGCGCGGGGAAUAGCACCAGUAGCACCAGCAGCAUCCGCAGCACCAGUAGCGCAGGCAGCACCAGUAGCACAGGGAGCGCAGGCACCACCAGCUGCAGCAUACGCACUAGGAGCUUGCUUCACUUGUGGCCAGUUUGGCCAUAUCUCCAGGUUUUGCCCGACUAAAGGGCCUGGGGCCAAGCGUCAAGCCAUCACUCCGCGUGUUUAUGCUCUAGGAGAGGCCAAUGGAGCUGAGCCGAUAGCCGGAUCGGUUUCUGUUGGAGGUGAGGUAGCUCACACUCUAUUUGACACAGGAGCUUCUCACAGCUUCGUGAGUUCGCGUUUGGCUAAGUCUUGGCCUUUUCGAGGUGUCUUUGAGCCGAAGGUUAAGCAGAUUCGGACGGCCGAUACUGAGAAAUUGGGAACCACUGGCGUUCACCGAGAUGUACCAGUCCUACUGGGAGGAGUCGACUUCAUAGGAGACCUAGCAGAGAUGGAGAUGGAUUACUACAAUGUCAUACUUGGGAUGGAUUGGCUGUCCCGACAUCGAGUGGUGAUAGAUUGCAUGCGAGCGAAAGUUAAUAUUCCUAGAGGAGAUAGGAAGAUCACAGUCCAGUGUCUCCAGGCUUACCGUGGGAUUUCUGUUAUUUCCAUGUUGCAUGCUGAGUACUUGUUGGAGAGAGGAGCAGAAGGAUUUCUGGCGACUAUUUCGAUGGUUAAUGAAGAUGGACCUCCUGAGUUACAGGAUAUUCCAGUGGCUGCAGAAUUUCAUGAUGUAUUUGAAGCCUUAAAGGGGCCACCACCAGACAGAGGAGAUGUUCUCAAUAUUGAGUUAGAACCAGGAACAACACCGGUUUCGCGGGCUCCAUACCGUUUAGCACCAGCAGAGAUGGCUGAACUAAAGAUGCAGUUGGAGGAGUAA